AUGCUUCACUUGCUGACUUGGCUCCUGAUAGCUGCGCCAGCUCUUUCGGCUGUGGAUGACAGUUGUUCCCAAAGGCCGGAAGUAACUACUUUGAAAAACUGCUGCAAACUACCUAACAUGGACUUCUCGAGCUACAAUUCCCAGUGCGGUCAGUAUUUGGUCAAUGGGGCGCACAUUACACCCUGCAGCUUCGAGUGCAUUUUCCAGGCGGCAAAAGCCGUAAACGGUACCAGCCUGGUGAUGCCCAAUAUUGAGAAAAUGAUGAACAAGAUUCUGGCCACCGAUGAGUUUGUACAGGUCUAUGUGGAGGGUUUCAGGAACUGCUCCGGUCAGGAGCAGGCCAUGAUAAAGGCCCUAAAGCGCCGCCGCAUGCCCAUUACCGGAAAGUGUGCCGCCAUGGCUCUGAUGUACGGACUGUGCGCCCAUCGGCACUUCUAUCGCUAUUGUCCGGAUAGCGUGUGGAGCAACAGUCCGGGCUGCAACGAGUCCAGGGAGUACAGCAUUCGCUGCGAGGACCAGCUCACCGGCUAG